UUGAGUAAUUCACGUGGUCCUGCAAGAUGGCUGCCUCCACUGAUAGGGCGGCUGACAUGGGCGCCGUAAAUGCCGGUGUGUCUGCUACGAGAGCUGUCUCCAGCGCUCCGCCGCUGGCUCUGCGCAUACUGGCGGAGUGCCCCGUAAGCAAAGCCCGAGCCUGUGAUCUAACGCUGCCGCACUGCACGGUCAACACUCCGGUGUUCAUGCCUGUCGGGACGCAAGGAACCAUGAAGGGAAUCACAGCCGACCAACUAGCGGAUCUCGGGUGCCAGAUAUGCUUGGCGAACACGUAUCAUCUAGGAAUGAGACCGGGUCCGGAGCUCAUAGAGAAAGCCAAGGGCCUGCACAACUUCAUGAACUGGAAAAACAACCUGCUGACGGACAGCGGAGGGUUUCAGAUGGUUUCUCUUGUGGCACUAUCAGAGGUGACAGAGGAAGGAGUCCGGUUCCGGUCACCUUAUGAUGGCCGGGAGAUACUGCUUUCCCCUGAACAGUCUAUUGCCAUCCAAAACAGCCUGGGCUCGGACAUCAUGAUGCAGCUGGACGACGUGGUGAGCAGCACCAUCACCGGCCCGCGCGUGGAGGAGGCCAUGCGGCGCUCGAUCCGCUGGCUGGACCGCUGCAUCGCGGCCAACCGGAACCCCGACCGUCAGAACCUGUUCGCCAUCAUCCAGGGCGGGCUGAACGCAGAGCUGCGUCGGGCCUGCCUCGAGGAGAUGACCAAGCGGGACGUUCCAGGCUUCGCCAUCGGAGGGCUGAGUGGGGGGGAGGCGAAGGACGACUUCUGGAGGAUGGUGACGCUCAGCACGGACUACCUACCCCGAACUAAACCCAGAUACCUCAUGGGCGUCGGUUACGCAGUGGAACUGGUGGUGUGUGUCGCUCUGGGGUGCGACAUGUUCGACUGCGUUUUCCCAACUCGCACUGCACGGUUCGGAACGGCGCUGGUUCCCUGGGGAUCCUUGCAGCUGAAAAAGAAGCAAUUUGCCCUGGACUUCCAGCCCAUAGACGCAGACUGCGGCUGCCCCACCUGCAAAAGGCACACUCGGGCCUACAUACACGCCCUCUUCAAGUGCGACACUGCGGCCAUGCACCAUCUCACUAUCCACAACAUCGCCUACCAGCUGUCACUGAUGCGGUCCGUGCGGGCGAGUAUCUUGGACGGGCGGUUCCCCGAGUUCGUGCGAGCGUUCAUGCGGCGCAUGUACCCCUCGCCAGAGACGUACCCCAGCUGGGCAGUGGAGGCGCUGGCCUCUGUCAGCAUCACUCUGGAUUGAGUCUGGGGUGGGAGGGGCUGGGGGGUGUUUUUAAACUGGAUUUUUCCUGUAGUUUGAAAGGGAUAGGUUUUUUUUUAUUGUGAUUUUGAUUCGAUCAGACAGUUUUUGUGUGCGAUGAAGGAUGUUUUAAAUGUUUCCAGAGGUUUCUGACGACCGGAUUUACAGUGGCUAGUAUUCACCUUUUAUGGGUUUGUGGUCUAAAGCAAGAAAAUAUGCUUCAAGCAGCUCCUAAACAUUAUGCCUCCAGUGACUGUACAUAUUACUCAAUUAAGUUUUAUUUUCAGUUGAAAAUAUUACCUAUGGCACAUUGAACCUGAGACCGCUGUGCUCAAGGAGUACCGACACGAUAUAAAAAUGGAUAUUUAUCUUUAGAAUUGUGAAUAAACGCUAUAAAGAUAAUCUGCUUAUAUGUAGUCUCUGGAAACGUACAAUUUCUAUACAAGCCGUUUUUCAAUUGCAUGAAUUGUACUUUCUUACAUUAGACCAAGAACUCUCGAGUACCUGUCUCUACACAAGCCACUGUAAAUUCUGUUUCUAUAAGUAAUUUAAAUAUCCUUCAUUGCACAUUAUAAACUCUGGGCCAAAUGAAAACAAAGUAAAACUGAGGUAAUUAUAAAAUAACCCUCAGAAAGUGAACGGUCCCUUUAAGCAGUCUGCCUGUACUGCUGGGACAGGCCUUGAUGGAGUCCGACAGCCAGGCAGCUGAGAGUCUGUGUCGUCAAAAACACUCAAUCACAGGCAUGCACGCGCAUACACACACACUCUCACUCACACACGGGCAAGCUGUCUUGUACAAUGAGGAUAUAACUUCGAUUUUCCCUCUGUAUGUUACCUCUGUAUGUUAUCUGCACAUUUGUAUGAAUUUUCUAUUUUUUUCCACCAUUAAAUAACAGACUGACUCUUU